AUGGAGAAGAAAGGGAGGGUUUUGAUGGAAAAGUUUGAGCUCGGGCGGUUGCUUGGCCAAGGAACAUUUGCCAAGGUUUACUAUGCAAGAAACACGACUACCGGCCUAAGUUGCGCCAUUAAAAUCAUCGACAAAGAAAAGAUAAUGAAAGGUGGUUUGAUUGACCAAAUCAAACGUGAAAUCUCCGUAAUGAGGCUAGUUAAACAUCCCAACGUUGUUCGUCUGUACGAAGUAAUGGCUAGCAAGUCAAAGAUAUACUUCGUGAUGGAGUAUGUUAAAGGCGGUGAGCUCUUUGGUAAAGUUGCCAAAGGGAAGCUUAAAGAAAACGAUGCACGACAAUAUUUCCAACAAUUGAUCGCCGCGGUUGAUUAUUGUCAUAGUCGUGGUGUUUAUCACCGUGAUUUGAAGCCAGAAAACCUCUUGGUCGACGAAAAUGGGAAUCUUAAGGUCUCGGAUUUCGGGUUAAGUGCUUUGAGAGAGUCGCGGAGGCAAGAUGGGCUCCUUCAUACAACAUGUGGAACACCAGCUUAUGUUGCUCCUGAAGUUAUAAACAUGAAGGGCUAUGAUGGGGCCAAAGUUGAUAUUUGGUCAUGUGGGGUGAUUCUUUAUGUUUUGUUGGCUGGUUUUCUCCCAUUUCAUGAUGAAAAUUUGAUGGAAUUGUAUAAAAAGAUAACCAAAGGUGAAUUCCGGUGCCCGCAAUGGCUUCCGCCUGAGGUCCGUAAGCUUCUUUCGAAGAUACUUGACCCGAACCCGAGCCAACGAAUCAUGGUGGCGAAAAUCAUGGAGAAUAGUUGGUUCAAGAAAGGGUAUAAACACUUCGACACCCCGCCGUUGACACCCACCCAAGUUCAAGAUAAAAACUUGAUAAUUGACGACAUUCAUGCGGCGUUUGAUGAAUGGUCAUCAUCACCUUUGGAAAAUAACGAUGAUACUGAAGUUGAGAAACAACAAUGCAUUUUGAGGCCUAGUUUCUUCAAUGCUUUCGAUCUAAUAUCACUCUCCGAAGGCUUUGAUUUGUCGGGCUUGUUCAAAGAGGACUUGAACGAGAGGGAUUGUUCUCGGUUCACGACGCAAAAACCGGCAACCGACAUCGUUUCGAAGUUCGAGCAAAUAGCUCGGACUGAGUGCUUCCGAGUCACGAACAAAGGCGGGAAGGUGAGGUUGCGAGGUGUCAAGGAAGGCAGGAAGGGGUUGCUUGCCAUUGAUGCCGAGAUCUUCGAGGUUACGCCGUCAUUUUAUGUGGUGGAGAUGACGAAAACCUCAGGGGAUACCUUGGAAUACAAGAAAUUUUGCAACCAAGAACUCAGGCCUUCGUUGAAUGACAUCGUUUGGGCUUGGCAAGGAUCUUGGCAGCAGCAACCCAAUGACGGUUAA